CGUUUUCAGGACAAUUCAAGAUGGCGCCUCCAACAAAGCGAAAGCUAGCCGAUGACUUCGUCCUCACUAUAUCUGACAAUGAGGAAGACUCGGUGCCCAACCUCGACGAAGAAAUACCGGCAUCCCCGCCUCCAUCCAACAAAAAGCGCAAGCACAACGAUGAUUCCUCCAAUGCCACAUCGAAGAAGAACAAAAAAGCCAAGAAGGGAAAGAAGGCUGGAGCGGAAGCGGUAGAGGAUGAGAAUGAGGGAAUUUGGGGUGCGAAAGACGAGGAUGAUGGAGCUAUGGACUCUGAGUUCGAGUUUGCUAUGGAGGACGAUAAAGACGACAGGAUGGAGGAAUUUGAGGGUUGGGGAUUCGAGAGUGCGAAAAAGGGCCUCAGUAAUGGUGGGGAUAAGAAAGCCGUCGACAUUGACGAAAUCAUUGCGAGGAGAAGACAGAAACAGAAUGCUGGAAAAAAGGAAGAAUCCGAAGAGGCGGAGGAGGAAGCCGGAAGUGAAGCUGAGAACUCGGGCGAUGAUCUGGAAGGUAUCCAGGAUGAUGGUGACGAGUUUAUGGCUGAAGAUGGAUUUGGGAUGGGUGUUGCUUCCGAUGAAGAGGAGUCUGGCGAUGAGAACCAGGUCGAGGACUCAGAUGAGGAGGAGGAGGAGGGCCAAGAGAACGACCAGGACGACCAGGACAAUUCAGACAGUGAUUCAGUUGCAUCACCUGUUCCUCACCCAGAGGACCUAGCUUCAGAAAGCGAAUCCGACGAAGGGGAUAAAGAUGAGGACCCAGAAGAGGCAGCCCGCCGAGAAGCCUUCUUUGCUCCUGAAGAGAAGCCUGCCAAGGGUGCUAAAUCAACUAUCGCCUCGUCUUUCCAGAGCAUGUCACUGUCGAGGCCCAUUCUACGAGGGCUCGCUGCCGUCGGGUUCACUCAGCCAACUCCAAUCCAGGCCAAGACGAUACCUGUCGCUUUACUCGGAAAGGAUGUUGUCGGUGGUGCAGUGACCGGUUCUGGAAAAACCGCUGCAUUUAUUGUCCCAGUACUUGAGCGUCUAUUAUACCGGCCUAAGAAAGUCCCAACGAGCAGAGUCGCCAUUCUGAUGCCAACGCGUGAGUUGGCAAUCCAAUGUCACGCCGUUGCAACGAAACUAGCCAGCCAUACCGAUAUCAAGUUUUGUUUGGCGGUGGGAGGUCUCAGUCUCAAAGUCCAGGAAGCGGAAUUAAGACUGCGGCCGGAUGUCAUUAUUGCAACUCCUGGUCGUUUCAUUGACCACAUGCGCAAUUCAGCAAGCUUUACGGUGGACACACUCGAGAUUCUAGUCCUCGAUGAAGCUGACAGGAUGCUUGAGGCUGGAUUUGCGGAUGAGCUGAACGAGAUCUUGACUACAAUCCCUAAGUCUAGACAGACGAUGUUGUUCUCAGCGACCAUGACCUCUUCCGUCGAUAACCUCAUUCGUGUGGGUCUCAAUAGACCUGUGAGACUGCUCGUCGAUUCUCAAAAGCAAACUGUUGGUACCCUGGUGCAAGAGUUUAUCCGUCUACGGCCGGGAAGGGAGACGAAACGAAUGGGCUAUCUUCUUUAUCUCUGCUCAAAUGUUUACACUGAUCGAGUCAUCGUGUUCUUCCGACAAAAGAAGGAAGCACACAGAGCUCGUGUAAUUUUCGGACUUUCCGGUCUCAAAGCCACCGAAUUGCAUGGUAGCAUGAGCCAAGAGCAACGUAUCACAAGUGUAGAAGCUUUCCGUGAUGGCAAAGCAUCCUUUUUGCUCGCCACCGACCUAGCGUCUCGAGGUCUCGAUAUCAAGGGCGUUGACACAGUCAUCAACUACGAAGCACCCCAAUCCCACGAGAUCUAUCUCCACCGAGUCGGACGAACCGCAAGAGCAGGACGGUCCGGUCGUGCCUGCACCUUAGCAGCAGAGCCCGAUCGCAAAGUCGUCAAGGCAGCGGUGAAGAGCGGACGAACGCAAGGCGCCAAGAUCGUCAGUCGAGUAAUCGAAGCAGCAGAAGCCGACAAGUGGGCCGACAAGGUCACGGCUAUGGAAGAUGAGAUCGAGGAGAUCCUGAAAGAGGAGAAGGAGGACAAGCAGCUGGCGCAGGCGGAGAUGCAGGUCAGAAGGGGAGAGAACAUCAUCGCGCACGAGGACGAGAUCAAGGGACGGCCCAAGAGGACGUGGUUCGAAAGCGAGAAGGAGAAGAGAGCUGCGAAGAAGUUGGGCAGGGCCGAGUUGAACGGCGUGGAGAGCAUACUAAAGAAGAAACCAGGAAAGUUGAGCAACAAGGACAAGAAGAAACUGGAUGACCACGACAUGAGGGUCGAAGGGAAAGUGUGGAAGAAGGGCAGGGCUGAACGCGACGGCAAGGGCGUCUUGGAGGGCAAGAAGAAAGAGAAGAAAGCCAAAGGCGGUAAGCCUGCUGGCAAGGGAAAGCCUGGUAAGAAACGGUAGUCAGUCAUGACAAAGUACCUACUUGCUUGACACUUAAAAAUCCGUUUAUACCCAGUUGAGCCCUACCAUUUCAUCAUAGAAAAUUGUAAAAACUCGUUGC